AGGGGAAACUGAAGCCGUGCCACCCCGUAGAGUUGUAUGUGUAGUGAUACACGAGCGACCGGUGUGCGGGACCUCCCUCCCCGCCACCCUGACAGCCACAGGUUGGCCGGAGAGGAGCCCUUAAUCCCCGGCCGACCUUGGGCACGGGCUCUGAUGAAUGCCCCUCAGUCUGCCGCCCCCGCUCCUUGCUUCCUGGGGUGGCUGCACAGCCGAGGACGGGGCCACCUGCCCACCUGCCGGUCCAGCAUGCUGGCUGCCACGCUCCUGCUGCUGGCCCUGCUCCCCGGGGUCGCCUCCUUGCCCAGCGGACCGCCUGCGCCCUCAUUCCCCGCGGCGCCUGGGUCCUGGCUGCGCCGACCCCUUUUCAGUCUGGAGCUGUCGGACGCGGAGGACGCCUUCCCGCGCCGCGCGGGGCCGCUCGAGGUCCCGGCCGACAGCCGCGUGUUCGUGCAGGCGGCCCUGGCCCGUCCGUCUCCGCGCUGGGGCCUGGUCCUGCACCGCUGCUCGGUGACACCAUCUUCGCGCCCGGCCCCGGGGCCCGCCCUGGCGCUCCUGCGCGGGGGCUGCCCCGCCGACUCCUCAGUCGUCCUCCCGCCUCCGCCGCCGCGCCCGGGCGCUACCCGUCCGGCACGCUUCAGCUUCCGCCUGCGCCCGGUCUUCAACGCCUCCGUGCAGUUCCUGCACUGCCAGCUGAGUCGCUGCCGCCGCCUCCGCGGAGCCCGCCGGACACCUGCGCCUCUGACGCUGCCGCCGCCAUCGCUGUGUCUGCCUCAGGAUGAGGCGUGCGCGGGCGCCGGCAGUGGCAGCGGCGAGAGCCUGGGUGCCGACAGCCCCCACCUGCACACACUGACGCAGCCCAUCGUGGUGACAGUGCCGCGGCCACCCCCCAGGCCAUCCAAGGGCGUUCCCGGCAGAGCCGUGCGCCCCGAUCCUCCCGCCCCGGCCCCGGCGGCCUUAGAGCCCGCGCCGGUGGUGGCGCUGGUGUUGGCUGCCUUCGUGCUGGGCGCCGCGUUAGCCGCCGGGCUCGGCCUCGUCUGUGCGCAUUCAGCCUGGGUAGCCCCUCCCCAGGAAUGGCGCACCCCCAGCAAGGUCCUGAGACACACCAGCCACGGCCUCGAACCAGGCCCGCCAGGACUGGACCGGCCGCGGUCGACCUCGGACCCGACCGGACCACUGUCUCUGCUCUGAACCCUCCCGCCCCCACCCGCUCCUCCUCGCACCCUCCCACCUGGGCUCAGAAUAAACAUCUAGUCUGACCUGCUGAGUUCGGAAGUCUGCGUGUGCGCUUGGAGCGGGUAUAGGGGGCAGGAAGCAGAGGCCUCGGACCAGGACUUGGGGGCCGGGCUCACACACCCAUAUAUACGUAUGCAGAUGGGGGGAGGGCAGGGGAGACCCAAGGGAAUAUUUCCCUAAGAGAAAGGGACAUCCAACCCCACCUGCUAACGUUUUAAUAAGCUCCGCCUGCUUCCUCAACCCCUGCACCUGUCCACCUGCCUCCUGCAGGCUCCCCAGAGCCAGGCUUUCUUGGCUCUCCACCUCCACCCUGGGCCCUGCCCUUGCUAGGGCCUCGACCUCUGGCCUCUGCUCCAGUCUCCUCUCCGUCUAGUCGAGAGCUCUUAAAAGGUCUCCUAUCCGAGUUCCUCCCUUCCCUUGAACGGGACUACUAGCUCCAUUUUACAAAUGAGGAAUUUGAGGCUCGGCUCGGCCAAAUGACUUGCUCUAGGUCCUCAGGACUGGCCAACCCCACAGCCCAGGUUCUUGGCUACCACUGAACAGCUGCCUUCCUGCCAGGGUCCGCCCCUUUGGGAGAAGGAAAGCACACAGUAGGAGUCGUCCCGCCUGCAUUUUAUCUCAUCCAGGAAUGGAGGGAGGGCAGGAGAUCUAAGUUCUCGGCUCCAGUUCAUGGAUGAGAUAAAAUGCAGGCAGGGGGCUGUCUCAUUCGCGCCCACAUCUUCUCGCAUCUAAACGGUUCUUUUCGGCCGCAAACGCGGAGCCACGCCCCCAUCUGGUUCCGCCUCCGCGCCGUGCUUUCUGA